AUGGCGGGAGUUCUAGGCGUGAUUGUUUCGGGAAGAACGCCAAUUGAAGUGGUACCGGUCACCGAAACCGAAUUUACGUGUGAAAUUGUAAAUGCGGAUUCAAUUAAUCACGUCGUUGUCUUCCUUACGGGAAUCCAACCAUUCCCUGAUGGUCUAGGAGGAUCAGUUUAUAUCCGAUGGCCGUCAUCAAAUGGCGACGACAGUUGGCAUUAUCUCGGUUUCAUUUGCAACAUGAAACCGAGCGCAAUUUUCAAAGUCGCCCAAUUACACAAAUCGAGUGCUCAACAUAGCGGCGUGUUCGGCGGCGGAAUGCAGACAUAUGCUAGCGGAUCGGCGCAGAUCGGUAUCAUGAUUGAACCCCUAACCAGCAUUGAAGGCCGCCAAGCCGCUGAAGGAACGCAAGUCAACCAGCAUUCGACGCUGGUGGAAUUCGCUGAGAAGAUGAUACGAAACCUCGUGAAUCACACCGAAUCGUUUUCGGUUCGAUUACAGAACCCGCAAGGAGGAUUCCAAGACUACAUUCCGAUCAGCGCGUUCCAAUCGUGGUACAACUCGUUCUCGCGUCGAUUCGAAGCGAAUCCAUAUUUUUGGAGGAAUUUGAAUAACAAUUGA